AAAUCAGUCAGGCACAUUUCCAGACACCUAUGACUCCGUGAAGGUCCUUUGUUAAUAACAAAAUGGCAGCCUUAUGUGGAGUUAGACACCGGUGGAAACGCACCAACUGCAUUCAAAUUCUUACGAGAAACUUGACUGGUACAAUUGACUAUGAUCUCGUCGUUAUUGGUGGUGGCUCUGGAGGUCUGGCUUGUUCCAAAGAAGCGGCCCAGCUAGGACAGAAAGUUGCUGUGUUAGAUUAUGUGGAGCCGUCAGUUAAAGGUACUAAGUGGGGCAUUGGUGGUACUUGCGUGAACGUGGGCUGCAUUCCCAAGAAGCUUAUGCACCAGGCUGCUCUGCUGGGCACAGCUCUGAAAGACGCUCAGAAAUAUGGCUGGCAAAUCCCUGGGCCCAUCUCCCAUGACUGGAGUACCAUGGCAGAGGCUGUGCAGAACCACGUCAGGUCCCUCAACUGGGGUCACCGUGUCCAGCUUCAGGACAAGAAGGUGAAGUAUCUGAACAUUAAAGGAAGUCUGGUGGACGAGCACACGGUCAAAGGGUUAACCAGGACUGGAAAAGAGAUUAUGCUGACUGCUAAGAACAUUGUGAUUGCCACUGGGGGGCGGCCAAAGUACCCCACACAUAUCCCUGGAGCGAUUGAGCACGGCAUCACUAGUGAUGAUGUCUUCUGGCUGAAGGAGUCCCCUGGCAAGACACUUGUAGUUGGUGCCAGCUAUGUGGCCCUGGAGUGUGCUGGCUUCCUGACAGGUAUUGGGCUGGACACCACAGUCAUGGUGCGCAGCAUCCCCCUCCGGGGCUUUGAUCAGCAAAUGGCAGGGCUAGUGACAGACCACAUGGAGGCCUAUGGCACCAAGUUCUCCUGGAGGAAUGUCCCUAAGAGAGUGGACAAGCUGUCAUCUGGGGCGCUGCAGGUGACCUGGACAGACAAACAGACAGGAAAGGACCAACAGGACACCUUCGACUCUGUGCUGUGGGCCGUAGGCAGAGCCCCUGAAACUAAAACUCUCAGCCUGGAGAAAGUUGGCGUCAAGCUCAACAAGGAGUCGGGGAAAAUACUUGUGGCUGCUGACGAAUCCACAUCUGUGCCGAACAUCUACGCUUUUGGCGAUAUCGGCGAGGGUCGACCUGAGUUGACCCCCACAGCCAUUAAGGCAGGGAAGCUCCUCGCCCGCAGGCUUGCAGGCCAGACCAAUGAGCUCAUGAACUACGACAACGUUGCCACCACAGUGUUCACCCCUCUGGAGUAUGGCUGUGUGGGCCUAUCAGAGGAGGAGGCUGAGAGCAGACAUGGGAAGGACUCCAUAGAGGUGUACCAUGCCUUCUACAAGCCUCUGGAGUUCACUGUGGCUGAGAGAGAUGCCAGCCAGUGUUACAUAAAGGUGGUGUGUAAGCGGGGUGGAGACCAGAGAAUCCUCGGCCUGCACUUCACUGGCCCCAACGCUGGAGAAGUCACCCAGGGCUUUGCUAUGGGCUUCCAGUGUGGGGCCACCCUCACUCACCUGAUGGAGACAGUGGGGAUCCACCCCACUUGUGCCGAGGAGCUGACCAAAGUCAACGUCAGCAAGCGCUCAGGGCUGGACGCCACGGUUACUGGCUGCUGAGGUUAAGCACCCCCUUCUCUGAACACACCUGAGCACACGGGAAGGAACCUCCUCGUAGAGACAGGGAAUGUGUCCCAAAUGGCACCCUCUUCCUUAUGUAGUGCACUACUUUUGACCAGGGCCCAUAGGCCUCUGCUCAAAAGUAGUGCACUAUAAAGGCAAUACGGUGCCAUUAGAGACGCAUACAGGGAAGUAGUUGUAAUGCAUAUACAGUAUGUGCAUAUACAUAGCUUUAUAUAUAUGGCUCUGGUUGCAACACUUUCUUGUCUCCUAGCCACCUCAUAACGGUCCAUGUGAAACCCGUAGAAGCACUCUCUGCUUAACAUCCCAGAAUCAGGUCUCCACUCCUCCUCUCCACUCCGUUUGACUGUGUCUUAUCAUUGCAGGGUCCUCCAGGUCAUGACUGCAAUGCUAUAUCUGGGGAAGGCAAGAUUUGUGUCAGGUUUGACUAGUGGUCACAUUAACCAGGCCAUGGUUACCCAAUUUAGCCCAGUAAUGUAUGUAGUAUGUCCCCUUCUCCCACUUUGAAAGCCAUAAGGAGUUCUAGACCCAGGUUCGUGAAAACGUCCAGCCACAAGCAGCAUCCUUUUAAAUACACUGUCUCAUAAAUCAGGAUUAGGGCCCAUUCCAGUUUGUUGAAACAGAACUGUAUAAGAGAGAGAAAGCCGGGCAACUAAUGUUUCUGAAAUAUAUUCAGCAAAUAUUGUUGUUUCUCCGCCUGUUCUUCCUGUCCAUUAGUCUUGAAAGUGACACAUGCGUUGCCCGGAUGACACUGAUGGAUGGGCCCAGGGCCGUCGCCGCGGUGACACCACCCCGUUUCCCAUGGACACACACAAACAGUCGGCGGGCUGGCUGUCAGUCAGAGGGGUGCAGAGCAGCAUAGGGCCCAGUCUGGGCCAGAGUGCAGAGCGCUUGAUUAGGCCUCGAACUCACUCCAGCACUCUGCUCCCUCCCCCCUCUCACCUCCCCUCACCCCCAAUGCACAAAGGAAUACAGUGGGACUACAAUAACAGCCUCUGUCAGUCUGUUUGUGGGGACGCCUUGGCUAGCAAGCUCUGGAAACCCAAUCCUUCUAUGGGAGAGAUGGAGGGAAGGAAACUGCCUGGGCCUGUGCCUGGGCCACAGUGGUGGCAGUACUCAACGCUGCCUAAAGGUGGCGGUAUUGCCCUCUUAUUUUCUUAGAAAAACUUGCCAGUCAAUAAAUGUUAGGGUAGUGAAGUUAGUGUAUAAUGAAUAAGCCCUGGCGCAUUCAAGGUGCACAUUUUAAUCCUUUAAUCCUUAUUUGAGAUAUCUGUUAUUGAAUGAAUGUGGAGACCAUGGAGGGUUUUGUAGCGCCAACUGAUAACAUUGUGUAUUUACAUGGCUGGCAGUUUAGCCCACAAAGUCAUCAGCCUCUGAGAUAAGGCAAUUUGUUUAUUUCACUUAACUGGCAUUAUACUGUUGUGAUUUUGACCAGUCACAUAAAUGAUGUCGUGCUAUUCAAGUCUUCAAACGUCAAGUACACCAUUCCACACCAGUCCACUCUUUUCCCAAUCAUCCUUUCCUAUAAGUACUGAAAGCUUAGAACUAUGCAGUGCUGGACUGAGCUGGACAGGUCAUGCAGUGCAGUUUGAGUGGAGUGGGGAGCGGUGGAGCUGAGGGGAGCUAAGAGGAGGACACUGGGCUGGUUUAUUUGUGUUUGAACUCUAAUCUGCCUGGCCUGAUUAAUGAUCCUGAUGAGGGGAGUGACAGCGCACUGCGCAGGAUGAUGGAGGGAGGGGAGAGCGGAGAGCAACAGCGCUACCAGGUUUAUUUGGACCCGGGGUUGAGGGAGGGAGAGCGAGGGAUGCAGCCAGACCAGGGGAAGAGGUGGAGGAGGGGAUGGAGAGGUGGAGGAGGUGUAGAAGGAAGGGCCGAUUCCUGUGUGCUCCGUUCAGGGACGGGGUGCUGACUGAAGGACCCUGACCCCCGCUCGGCAGGAACAGCUUGACUCUAUCACCCACUACACGGGCUGAGGCUGGGGCCAUUCAACACACACUGCCUGGUGUAUCUGGUGUAUUUAGCCAGGCAAAUUAGUAUAUGCCUCAUCUUGACGAGGCACUCAGUCCAGAGAGCAGGCUGCUACUGUUGAUCCCAUCUAACAGUAAGGUCCUGUAUUUUCUGCAUGAAGCUGCACAAACGCACAAUUUAGAAGUUAGAAUCAUAUUUAUGACUGAAUCAUUAAUUUGUUAUUGUAUUGUUUGAAAUGUCUCUGUUAAUUGUUGUUGAUAGACAAAGUGCCUUGGGCCUAGGGGCUUAAAUGGGAGAGCAGAAUCAGCCUCAGCCUUGCAGAAUGUAAUGGGUCAGGGUUCAACUUUCAGGUCGCCAGCUAAUGAUAACUUGCACUAAAACCCACAACUGGGGAGGGCAUGUCUGAUGACACCUGGCGACCAACUUUAGUUACUGUAAAUAGAGUAGCCUAAUUAACAAUUAUUUAUAUGUAAAAGAAGGAAUAAAAUAUGAGAAUGCAUUGUCUCCCAUUAAAAUAAUGAUGUCCUCUGUUUCA